GCACAACUAUCACUUCACUAUCAGCUUCAGGACACCAGAUAGCAGCUGGCCAGUGCAUAUCACUGUACUGUCCAGGAAUAACUGAAAAGUAUGGAGCAGUCCAAAAGAACUUACAUACAAUUUGGAGGAACUUUGCUGUCUCUUGCAGGAUGGGUUCUGUCCUGCGUUACCACAUUUGUGCCACUUUGGAAAAACUUGAAUUUAGAUUUGAAUGAAUUGGAAAACUGGACUAUGGGUUUAUGGCAGACCUGUGUUGUUCAAGAAGAAGGAGGAAUGCAAUGCAAAGACUUUGAUUCCUUUCUGGCUCUGUCAGCUGAACUCAGAAUUUCCAGGAUUUUAAUGUGCUUAUCUAUUGGCUCUGGAAUUCUCGGUCUCUCCAUCUGUGGCCUUGGCUUGGACUGUGUAAACAUUGGAAAGCGAAGACAGGAGUCCAAAAAUCGACUUUUACUUCUUGGAGGCAUACUGCUUGGGACAGCAGGUCUGAGUUCCUUGGCUCCAGUCUCCUGGGUGGCUUAUGACACUGUCCAAGAAUUUUGGGAUGAAACUAUUCCAGACAUUGUCCCAAGAUGGGAGUUUGGUGAAGCAUUAUUCAUGGGCUGGUUUGGAGGGUUUUUCCUCCUAGUUGGUGGCACUCUACUUGCUUCUUCCUACUGUUUUAUAACUUCUGAUCCAAAAACUGCAUGUUACACACCUACAAAGCAUCAUAAACAGUAUAUAUCUGUAGACUCCAAAUAUCCAGACCUGACUGUAUAGCAAGUGUUAUUGUUAAAACUGGAUCCAGAAACCCUACUUAAUUUGGCAUCUAAUUACUUUUUGUGUUUGUUAAACUAACUUUACUGAAAUCAAACAUUGUUACCAUUACCCUGUUUCACAUUUUUUUUUCUAAAGAACAAUGCUGAUAAAAGGUGUCAUGGGUCUCAACUUUUCUUCCAGAACACAAGAAGAUGUGGUCUCCCAACAGAAGCUAAUGUUAAAUAAUCACAUGGAAAUCUGAGACAUCUCAGAAGCUGUUAAAUGUACCAAGUCUUGGUUUCCAAGACAAAAACCUACAUCCUUCUUGCACUGAUGAUCACCCGAGUCCCUGAAAAUGAAUCAAAUGGCUGUGCAACAACCUUAAAAUGGCAUUUUAAAUUGAACACCUUACCUAAACACAUCAUCAUUUAUUGUACAAAUGACCAUCUUUGACACUAAAACUUAAUUGUUUGCUACAAAAUCAUUCAAUUAAAGUCAUGAGACUCAGCUUGUGUAUAUUCUUCUAAAAAAGCAUGUGUCUAUACAAGGGGAUAUGUUUUUGGUCAGAAACAGAAAACUCUUAAGUGUAAUCACAUGUUGAAAUUUAACUUUUUUUAUACAGAUCACAGCAAGCAGAAUUAACACAAGUAUGGGAAAAAGUAAAAGUAAAAAAAGUACAGAUAUAGAAAGGUAGUUAUAUAUAUAUAU